ACUUGGAUUCCAAUUUGGCUACUAGGUUGAUGCCAGUCAUCCUUCUUCAGAUGCUCGAAGUGAAAUCUCGCUAUGCUGGCUGUCUAUGUGAAAGAUUGCGUUUGACGUGGUGGUUAUUUCCAGUGGUUUUCGGACUUAAUAACCACGGUUGCCACGUUCGACUAGGAUCGGACCCACAGGUACAAAGAGAUGCAAAUGGACUGCCGGCUGCCGAGUGGCCCUGCACGGGCGCCUCAAACAGCAUUUCGAUUUACUUUACGACCAAAGGCAACGGUGUGGCCUACUCACGGUUUCCGUUCUUCACAAUGGAUGCAGACCUCAUCAAGCUCGUUAACAAGCUUCAAGAUACCUUUGCCAACCUUGGAGGGGAGCUGGAUAUGCCCCAGCUGGCUGUGGUUGGCAGUCAGUCAGCGGGAAAAUCAAGCGUGCUAGAGACGAUCGUUGGCCGUGACUUUCUACCGCGUGGACAAGGCAUCGUAACACGAAGACCUCUCGUUCUGCAACUCAUUCACACCCCCGUACCCGAUCCCUCAUCACCCAAUUCGACAUCGUAUACCGAGUGGGGCCAGUUUCUCCACAUAGACAAACGUUUCACCGACUUUAACGAAAUUCGAAAAGAGAUCGAGCAGGAGACAUACCGAGUGGCCGGUCAAAACAAGGGCAUUAGUAAAUUGCCUAUCCAUCUCAGGAUAUACAGCCCCAACGUGCUUGACUUGACGUUGGUGGACCUGCCGGGUUUGACGAAGAUUCCUGUUGGUGACCAACCAAGCGAUAUCGAGCGACAAAUCCGUUCACUCGUUCUGGACUAUAUCUCAAAACCGAACUGCGUCAUCCUCUCCGUCUCCGCUGCAAAUGUCGACCUCGCCAAUUCAGAAUCGCUGAAGCUCUCUCGUUCAGUAGAUCCGCAAGGUCGAAGAACCAUCGGUGUGCUCACGAAAUUGGAUCUCAUGGAUGCCGGUACGAACGCGUUGGACAUUUUGACGGGACGUGUAUACCCUUUGAAGCUGGGCUUCAUUGGUGUUGUGAACCGGAGUCAGCAGGACAUCAUUAGCGACAAGAGCCUUUCCGACGCGCUGGACGCUGAGGUAGAGUUCUUCAGGUCUCAUGCGGCGUAUAGGAAUAUCGCGCACAAGAAUGGGACGAAGUAUCUCGCGAGGACACUGAACCAGGUCCUUAUGAACCAUAUCCGCGAGAAACUGCCAGACAUGAAGGCGCGUCUGAACACGCUUAUGGGGCAGGCCCAGCAGGAGCUCAACUCCUUUGGCGACGCUGCAGUGUAUGGCGAUGCGAAUCAGGUGUGUUAUGUAUUUGCUCACAUGUUAAACAGUAUGUUCAACCGCGAACAGCAAGGUGCCUUAAUCCUGCGACUCAUGACUCAAUUUGCGCGCGACUUCGUGUCCUCCAUCGAGGGUACAUGUGUCGACAUCUCGACAAAGGAACUCUCAGGCGGCGCGAGAAUCUAUUAUAUCUUCAAUGACGUAUUCGGAAAUGCCCUUGCUUCUAUUGACGCAACACAUAACUUGGACAACCAAGAUAUCCGUACCGCGAUCCGGAAUUCGACGGGACCACGACCCAGUCUUUUUGUGCCGGAGAUUGCAUUCGACCUCCUGGUGAAGCCUCAAAUCAAGCUUCUAGAGGCCCCGAGUGUACGUUGUGUGGAACUGGUGUACGAAGAACUUGUCAAGAUUUGUCACAAUUGCACGAGUUCGGAUCUGCAACGGUUCCCAAGACUGCAUGCUCAACUGGUGGAAACAGUGUCGGAGUUACUGCGAGAGCGUUUGGGACCAACCACCGAGUACACGCAAAGCCUCAUUGAGAUUCAAACUGCGUACAUCAACACGAAUCACCCUGCGUUCAUAUCUGGCACUGCUGCUGCUGCGCAAGCAGCGAACGUCUCUCCUGCGAAGCAGAUCGCACCACCAAGGCCAUCUUCGGUCGAGCCUAUCAAUGGUGCAACUAGUCCGGACGAUGCAGAUGAAUCUUCGGACGAGGUCAAUACAAUUAAUGGCAUACCUAUCACCCGGGACGGGCGCUCCGUCUCCUCUACCGUCCAUGAUCGUUCGCGCUCAGCAGCAGCAGCCAUCAGCUCCUCACAUCGACGUCAAAGCUCUCCGAAGCCCCCUCAUCAUCAUGCGCACGCUCAUCGUCACGGCACAGGGUCAACAGUCAUGCAGCCUGGCUCCUCGCCACACUCGGGUACAGCGAAGGAGACAUUCUUGAACUACUUCUUUGGUCAAAACGGGCCAGGGCCUUUGGGAGCAGGUGCGGGCGUAGUGGAACGUUCGGGUGCGAACGCGGUGGCAACCACCGUGAGCACUACCACUACUAUCACACCUGUCGGACGUGAUCUCUAUGGUAGUGACGCUGCCUUACAGUCUGGUCUCAUGGCGGGAAAGCGAAAUCUGGAGGGAAACAAUGCGGCAUUUGAUAUGAAGAGCCUUGGCAAGCACAUUGAGGCUAUCAGUGUACGUCCUUGCUUUCGUUUUAUCCUUUCGGUUAGUAGGCUUAUGAACGUAAACUAUUCAGGCGUCAGAUGGUGGCCCGCAAUUGACGAUGAGAGAAGAAAUGGAGACCAACCUUAUUCGGAGCCUCAUCGCUUCGUACUUCCACAUCGUGCGCCAGACCAUCCAGGAUCUCGUACCCAAAGCGAUCAUGCAUUUCCUCGUCAACCAUACUUCGCACCAAGUACAGAAUCGUCUCGUGGCGUCCCUCUAUAAGCCUGACCUAUUCGGCGACUUGUUGAAUGAAGACGAGGCGCUGGUUGCAGAGCGUACGAGAGUGAAGGCCUUGCUCGACGCUUACAAGGAUGCGUUUAAGACUCUGUCGGAGGUUACCCUGAAGUCAUCAUAAGCUCGUAUUCCAUUGGACGGCUGUUAUACCGAACUAGAGUUCUGCACAUUCACGACACGUCACGCUCUCGUUAUGUUGUAUGAAGUAUAAUACACCACUCUAUUUGCAUACAUUCACAUCCAUAUCCCCCACCAGUUAGUGAUAAAUCGUGAUAAUCGUGGUAUUGCGUGUAUUCAACCUCUAUGAGAUAUUCGGUACAUUUGGAACUCGACAGC